UGCGUACAACGUCACUUGACAGGUGUACCCGGAAGAAACAGCGUUUCGAAAAUGGCGUUCCACGUAAACUUCAGCCCAAACAGAGGAAAGUAAAACUGACUUUCGUCCAAGUCACGACUGGACCGAGCUGCGAGACGGGCUCGGUGAUGCGUGUAUAACGGAAGAAUGUCAUCUGAAGUAAGGAUGAGCAGCGUGAGGAUGGCACGAGAGAACAGUGUGACGGAAGACUCUUACACCGAAAACCUCAUUGGUACAUUGUUAGCUAUCUUUGGAAACCUGUUAGUCAGCAUCGCAGUCAGCAUUCAGAAACAAAGUCAUGUGACAUUGGCGGGAAAUAAAGACCUGAGGCAAUACUACUACACUAAGACCUGGUGGUCUGGCCUGAUGCUGAUGGUUCUGGGGGAGGGCGCCCUGUUUGUGUCUUAUGCAUUUGCUCCGCUCUCUCUCAUAGCUCCACUUAAUGCCGUAUCUGUCAUAACAAGCUCCAUCUUAGGAUUCCUGUUUUUGCGGGAAAAGUGGAAGGCACAGGAAUUCUUGAAGCGCUACAUCUUGACUUUCCUGGGCUGUGUCUUGACGGCGGGUGGCACUUACCUCUUUGUGACGUUUGGGCCGAACUCCCAUGAAAAGCUGAAUGCGGAGAACAUAGUAAAACAUGUUAUUGGCUGGCCCGUCCUCUUAUACUUGCUUCUGGGGAUCAUCACGUUCUGUCUGGUGCUGUAUUUCUACAAACGUCGGAAUGCAAACUACCUUGUCCUAAUUUUGCUACUGGUGGCACUACUUGGUUCGGUGACUGUAAUCACAGUGAAGGCGGUUUCAGGGAUGAUUGUGCUUAGCAUCUUGGGUCCUCUACAGCUGUCGUAUCCCAUAUUCUACGUCAUGUUCGUCUGCAUGGUGGCCUCUGUCGUCUUUCAAGCAUCAUUUUUAGCACAGGCAUCUCAUCUGUAUGAUUCCUGUCUUAUCGCCUGUGUGAAUUACAUUUUCUCCACAACAUUUGCAAUUGUGUCAGGAGCCAUAUUUUAUCAGGAGUUUAACCAUGAAGACGUUCUGCACAUAUGCAUGUUUCUGUUGGGAUGUUCUAUGUGCUUUCUUGGAGUGUUCCUGAUCACUAAAAGCAAGAGGAAGGUCAAAGCCUUUGAGCCAUAUGUUACUAUGGACAUGGCAAAAGGUAUUCCAACCAUUCACAACAAAGGCUGGGCUGUGCAGCCUGACUAUAACGGCUCGUUUUCCUACGGAGCACUGCAGAACAACGACAGUGUAGGUCCUGUGACACUCCCAGUGAACCAAGAGCGGUCAGCCUCUCCCAGUCCCGUUAGCCCGUACCAAUCAUCAGAGCUGAAGAAAGACUGAGCGGAUAAGUGCCUGAGGUGAAAUUAAGACUGAUUUCAGAUGAGAAAUGCUACUUUCUUUAAGCAUUACUGUUUUGCUUAUUGACAGCACUCACAGAACACAGUUCUAGAAUACUGGACCAUUCUAGAACUUCUGUUUUCUCUCAUCUCAUCCUGAGCCAGGAAAGCAAGCUAUAACACAUGUUAGAAUGCAAAUAAUGACUUUCAUUGGUGGCGUUGAUUUUAUCUUGAGAAAUAUUGGCAUGUUAUCUUUGUAUGAUACUCAUAUCUGUAAUCAUGCUUUAAAUGUGCUGACUGACAUUCUGAUGACUUAUCAAAGCUCAUAUUACUAACCUAAAUAUACCUCAGAAGAUUCUAUCUACUGCUUUGCACCAGCUGCAGCUGGUCCAGCUUUAUUAGCCAAAGACUAAUGUAGAUUGCACAAUUCCCAGCUAGUUAUAUACAAAUAUAUGUUUGGUACUGGCUUAAUAUCCUGUAUGCACAAGCUCAUACGUGUCUCAUUGUCCAUUUUCGGGCCUAAAGCUGUGUGGUGCCUAUUAUUUAUUCCCUGUGCCUGUCUGAAGCAUACAAAAUAGACUUUCUGUACAAAUCUGCAUGUUUAUAUACAUUAUACAUCGAAUAUCAGAACACUGCUGGUGUUUGAAAUGUACUGUACAGAUGCCUUCUGUAAAACUUUAAGAAACACUGGUGAAUAUUUUGUCAUAAAUACCAUUGCUUAGACUAAUGAGGUAAAAUAUGUUAUCGUUGUUUUGGUGUGUGGCUCUUUUUUUACCAUUUAACACAAGUAAUCAUUAAUGCUGUAUUGAUUAAACCAUUGGCUGACUUUUUAUUGAACGAUAAUGGGAAACCUAACUGUCACAUCAAUACACUGAGUUAUGUUUAAGUGCAAUUACUACUGUGUUGAGAUCAUGUAAAUUUAAUGUUCAUUUUUUUUUAAUUUUUAAUCUAAUGUUGUUUAUACUUUUACAACCAUUCCACAAUGACAAUCAUAAUGUCUUUAACCAAAAUAAAGAAAAAAAGACCAAGCUUCA